AAAAAUUCGUAGAGAGAAGUUGGCGGUGAAAUGACUGCUCGUACACAUUGUGCUGUGAACAUAGCAGAAAUACAAUAGCUUCUCAUGAAGUUAUAUUUUCCACGGCUUUUCACGAAAGUAUUAUACAUAUCGUUUAUUCAUCACUCGUAUCAAUAAUUGUUACUUGUCUCAAGUGAGCUACUCGGAUUUGAAUUCAGAAUUAGACGCCGAGUUUUUCCAGCCACGUGUUCACCACGUCGCGAAAGAUGCAGCCGAGUUCUUCGAAAAUACAGCAAGCGGUUCUGUCCCGCACGUCCUCCGUGCACGUACAUAAGAAGAAACUGACCGAACAGGAAAUAGAGGAGUUGCAUCAGGAAUUGGAGACUGUCGACCACUUGAUACCCUUGGCUGAUCUUUGCGAGAAACUGAACACCGAUCCGAAGAGUGGUCUGACGGAGGAACAAGCGCUCGCUAUCUUUCUACGAGACGGGCCGAACGCCUUGUCGCCGCCCAAGGUCACUCCGGAGUACAUCAAGUUCUUGAAAUGCCUGUUCCACGGGUUCGCCUUGUUGCUGUGGAUCUGUGCAACCUUAUGUUUUAUCCUGUACUUAGUCACUUACAUGAUGGAAGAACCCGAUAUCGGUAUUAUCUGGUUGGGCAUUAUUAUCGUCCUGAUUUGUCUCACCUCGGGUAUAUUCGCCUAUAUACAGGAGGCAAAGAACACUAAAGUGAUGGAGUCCUUCAAGAAGAUGGUGCCGACUUUCGCCACGGUGAUUCGCGGUGGCGUUAAGCUGCGACUGGGCACGGAAGAAUUGGUCUUGGGCGACCUAUUGGAGAUUCGUACGGGCGACAAGAUACCGGCCGACAUCAGGAUCAUCGACUGCCACGGACUCAGGGUGGAGAACUCCAGUAUCACUGGUGAGAGCGAGCCGGUGGUUCGUACGAAUUAUCCCACCGACAGCAAUCCCCUCGAGUCCGCCAAUGUAGCCUUCUUCUCGUCAUUCGCCGUGGCGGGCGAGGGUAAAGGGAUCGUCGUCGCCACGGGCGAUCGCACCAUGAUCGGCCGUCUGGCCGGGCUCACCUCGCACCUGCCGAAGAUCGAAACGCCGAUCGCCAAGGAGAUCAGAUACUUCGUCGAGAUCAUCACGAUCGUGGCGAUCUUGAGCGGCGCCUUGUUCUUCGGGCUGUCAUUGUUGGUGGAGCCGAAUCUCGUGCGAGCGUUCACCUAUCUGCUCGGGAUAGUCAUCGCCAACGUGCCCGAGGUGCUGUUGGUCACUGUGACGACGUGCUUGACUCUGACCGCGCAGAAGAUGGCUAGCAAGAACUGCCUGGUGAAGAAUCUAGAGGCGGUGGAGACUUUGGGCUCAACCUCGACGAUCUGCUCGGACAAGACCGGCACGCUCACGCAGAACAAGAUGACCGUGUCGAAUCUCUGGUUCGGCCACACCAGGUACCACUUCCCACCGGGCGGGCGGAUGGGCGUAGAGCUGGACCUGCUGUUCGAGAAGCCGGCCUUCAAAAUUAUGAUGAAGGUCAGCACUCUCUGCCUGCGUGCUGAGUUUACCAGGGAGUCGGCCAUCCUGGCGCCCAUCGAGGAGCGCCAAGUGAUCGGCGACGCGUCCGAGACGGGCAUUCUCCGGUUCUGGGAGCAUAUCCACCAGACGCAGCGGCUCCGCGACGCUCAUCCCAAAGUCGCCGAGAUCCCGUUUAGCUCCAUCACUAAGUAUCAGAUGUCGAUACACCGGGACAUCCAUGGCUACACGAUGAUCAUGAAGGGCGCCCCGGAGGUGAUAUUGGAGUUCUGCACGAAGAUCCUCAACACGGACGGCACGACCCACGACAUUACCGCGAACGACCACUCGAUAUGUCGCAGAGCCUGCACGGAGUUGGGUUACCUCGGCGAGCGGGUGCUGGCUUACUGCGACCAGCAGCUGUCCACUAACGUAUACGGACCGAACUACAAGUUCAACACCGACUCGCCCGCGAGCUACAACUUCCCCAUGAAGGGCUACAGGUUCGUCGGACUGAUCAGUCUGCAGGACCCGCCGAGGCCCGGCGUGCCCGAGGCGGUGGAAAAGUGCCGCACCGCCGGUAUCAAGGUGAUCAUGAUCACGGGCGACCACCCGGUGACGGCGAUGGCGAUCGCCAAGAAGGUCGGCAUCAUCGGCGAAGGUCACGAGACCAGGUACGAGAGGGCGAUCCUGCAGAACAAGUCUUACACGCAGCUGACCGAUGUGGAGACCGACGCGAUCAUCAUCACCGGCAGCGAACUGCGAGAUAUGGACUCGAACCAACUGGACAACGUGAUACGCCAAUACGAGGAGAUCGUGUUCGCGAGGACGUCGCCGCAGCAGAAGCUACUGAUCGUGGAGAGCUGCCAACGACUGGGCGAGGUCGUGGCGGUGACCGGCGACGGCGUAAACGACUCGCCGGCCCUGCGGAAGGCCGACAUCGGGAUCGCGAUGGGUAUCGCCGGCUCCGACGUCGCCAAGAACGCCGCCGACAUGAUACUCAUGGACGAUAACUUCGCGUCGAUCGUCACCGGCGUGGAGGAAGGCCGGCUGAUAUUCGACAAUCUGAAAAAGUCGAUCGCGUACACCUUGACGUCCAGUGUGCCGGAAAUGCUGCCGAUGCUCAGCGGCUUGAUAUUCGCCAUUCCGCUGCCCUUGGUCAUCGAACUGGUGAUCUGCAUAGACGUCGGCACCGACCUGAUCCCGGCCAUCGCGCUGGCUUACGAGAAGGCCGAGUCCGACAUAAUGCGCCGAGCACCGCGGAAUCCUCAGUACGACAAGUUGGUGAACAAGCGUCUGAUAUCCUUCACCUACGGCCAGGUCGGAAUGACGCAGUCCUUCGCUGGAUUCUACACCUACUUCAUGGUGUUGAUGCUGAACGGCUUCAUGCCUGAUCGACUGUUGGGUCUGCGAAUCGAGUGGGAUGACCCAUCGAUCAACGAUCUGCAGGACUCGUGGGGCCAAACGUGGACCUACGAAAACAGGAUGAACCUACUGAACGAGGCGCGAAGCGGCUAUUUCCUCGCCAUCGUGAUCUUGCAGAUGGUAGACCUGGUGAUGUGCAAGACCAGACGCAACUCUGUCUUCCAGCAAGGAAUGGACAACUGGUUCGUCAACUUUUCAUUCAUCUUUGAGUUAGUCCUGACGGGGAUCUUGCUGUACGUUCCUGGCACGGAGCACGUAUUGAAAACUAUGGCACUGAAAGCUUAUUGGUACUGGCCCUGUUUACCGCUCGGGCUGUUUCUUUGGGUUUACGACGAACUGAGACGCUGGUGCAUUCGUCAAUUUCCGGGUGGAAUUAUGGAUAGAGAGACGUAUUAUUGACGCUCUCUUUCUUACAGAUCAGAGAUCUGGCAGAUUUCAGAAAAAACAGUCGAUAUAAUUUUCAAUUGUUGACAACCUAUUGUGCGUCCCUUCUCAUAUUGUAUAACCAUCAUCGUAGAAUUUAUCUAAGAAGUAAGAUAUU